GAUGAUCAUUGUUAUUAUGAUUAUGCAAAAUAUUGCAUUUUCUGAUUGUAGGAUUUAGCAUCCAAAAAAACAUAUUGGAAUUGUUCAGAAACCAAUUUCAAUUUUAUAAUUAAUAGAAGAACCUCUAAUAGGAUAAGAAAAGAUUAGCUCAUUUUAGAUAGAAAGAUUAGAGUUUGAUUCAAAUUUAGUUUUGUAGCAAGAAUUAAUUGAGGAAGAUAUCUCUGAAUUUCCAAAAUAAAAUUAUACAAUUCCUAAGUUUGAUUAGUCGAGUGAAGAAAAGCAGAGUGUAUAUAAAUAAGAGUUCCAGAAUGUCAAAUAAAUAUUGAUAAAACUACACUAUAAAGAAGUGUUAUUAUGCUUAUUUAUAGUAUCGGUUUUUUCAUCAUUUAUUUGGUGCAUUAUAAAAUUAUGUAUUUUAUUCCGACCAUAAAAACAUUCAGAUAAUAAUGAAGAAGUAUUUGCAAAAUGUUUAUUUAAAGUUAGGAAUAGAAAUUAUUAGGAGUAGAUUAUUCUAUAUUAAAUUCUAAGACUCUAAGUGAUGACGAAUAAUUCAAUCAAAGUACAUAGAUAAAAUAUAAAAUAACUGACAUGACACCAUAAAUACGAAAUCCAUAUGAUGAAAGUUUUGUUAAAGCAUCAAUGAAAGCAACCACAAGAGGAUCAGCUUGUGAUUAAAGUUUAUUAGAAAUAGAUGAGUUGUUAUAAGAAAUGCUAAAAUGA